ACAUCGCUGGAACUGCAAGACAUUCCCAAGUCCAUGAAGGGGCCUUCGCAGCCAGAGCCACGAUGCAUCCAUUCAUCCAUUCGAAGGCUCCCGAUGCCUCCUCUCUCCGCCCUCUGGCUCGCAGACCGAGGGGGCUCGUGUGUCCGUCUCGAUCGAAUGACACCUCCCCCUCCGCUGCUGCUGGAACUCGGCAGAGGGGGGAGGAGGGACGUUCGAUCUAUUCUGCCUGUUACAACGGUCGAACCACGUAGCCACGGUCGAGCCUGUCGGGGUUGACACCUUCAUUCAUGCUACUGCGUCUUACUGAGUAACUCAGUCCCGUGAUGGCCGUAGUUGCCGGGGGGAUUGAGCCCACCAUCCAGCCCAUUGUUCUCUUUCUCUCUCUCUCGUGCCACUUCUCUUCCUCUCUUUCUCUCUGUGUCUGACAUUACAACACAAGUUGAAGUUGGCCAGUUGAAGUUGGAAAGGGUGUGAUGGUCGAAGCUGUGCGACAGACGAGCCUGUGGGUCAGUCCUGUUGCAGUUGACUGUAUGGUGAGACUUGAGUUUUCAGGUGAGAAUGUCUCUUUGGUGACAUGUCUUCAGAGAGAGAGAGAGAGAGAGAGAGAGUUCGUUAGAGGUUGAGAAGGGUAACCUUUUUUUUCUGAUGUGCAUUAAUUGGAAUAUCACACAUCAGCCUGUGUUUCCGGAUCUGCUGUCACCACUUGACGGGCCUUGCCUUGCACCCUGCGGGUAGCUGAGAGAGAGAGAGAGAGAGAGAGAGAGAGAAGCGGGUCAGCCGGGCGGGCAUCCACGGGCUAGCGAAGAAAUUUCGCUCAUUCCAGUCCAGCAUUAUGAUGCAGAUGGCCAUUGGCUAUGUUUGGCAUGCAAGCUGUCGACGGUGACGCAGAAGUCAGUUUGACAGUGAGACCGAGAGUUCUGCUCAGAUGGCACCUCUCCCACAUAAGACCUCCGGCACGAGCCUCGGUUGUCAAACGGUUUCCAGCCUCUGGUCGAUGAGAUCGGAGCUCCGAUCUCACUCAUACCCAAUCAACUCAUCCCAAACAAACGAAGUCGUAGAAUGAACCGGCCUGCUCGAAGGUGCUAAUCAUCGGUUUCCGAAGCAUGCGGUGCUGGAGGUCGGAACUUGAUGCAGGAAGCGACCUCUAAGCUCCAAUCUGCAUCCGGUUCCGGCUCGUCUGCUGGAGCGAAACGACCUGCUGCCGAGCUGCGGAAUGGAGUGGACCUUUGCUCAUCAUGGCGGCAGAGGGCCGCCCAAUAUUCCUCCCUGCGGUCUCCCUUCCUGGUGUCGGGCCUGCCCUUCGAGGCAGGCAGCGAGGACGUCAGAGAAGAUACUCAAUUUCAUGUGAAUCAUGUCUGGGGGAGGGGGGAAACUUGCGUCAUCAAUGCAGUUCGGGGCCUCGGGGCUGCGAGCUCCCGGGAUGUCGUGGAUCCGUCUCCCCAGACAGACUGCGGCCAAAUAUAGGCGAAAUCUUACUGGACAUCUACCCAUGGCUUCGCUCGUAGGCCCAGGCACAGGCCCGAGCUCUCGAAUGGCAGGACGAGGUCAAGGCGAAUCGGGCCUUGGUCUGCCAUCUACUUAUUGCCCGUCCCUGCGUUGCUGGGGAGCGGUGGAUCGGGGAUCGUGAUCCAUCAGUACAGUACAGCGCAGCUUCCUGGAUUCCCGACGGGCAUGAAUAGCGCUCGUUCGUCUUCGCACCAUGGAUUGAUUCAUGGAAGGUCUACUCCUGCUUUGUAGACUAGACUUGCUGGACCGAGUCUAUCCACUGCGCUGCAAUCACGAGAGCUCGAGAGCUCGAGAGCACGGGAGCACGGGAGGCACUUUCGAGACUCCUAGCGAAGUGCUGAGAAGAGAGCUCUCCUCUUUCCUCAGUGUGGACCGACGGCCCCCGAUCGUAAGAGCGAAUGACGAACGCUGCUGAUCGAUUCCCCCUCCGCAUUCGCCCUCGCGUUGCCCAGUUCCAAGGGAAAUGUCAAACUUGGGGACAUUGAGAUCUCAGGACCUCUGUGUCGUCGAGUCGAGAUCAGAUUAUUACUUUUCUGUAGACGCCGAUUUGGCCAUGGCUCCUGUGGCUAUGACGGCUCGAGAUCUCGCUGACGGAAACGUCUUCCCACGGCAUUCUGUCAUGGGCUGCGUCGUCGCUCCCUUUGCUGCAGGUGCUCGACAAUGGAAGUCAUGUGGUGGUGGAGUGCGAGCGAUUCCUCUGAUCCUCUGUGAUCCUCGUCUGUAGGAAAGGAUCGACGUCCUACGAAGAUGAAUGAUCACGAACGCCCAAUGCCUUAUCAAGAAACGAGGUGUGUCCAGACUUCCGAUGUCCAGACAAAUGACGCAUUUUGUGCAAGGGUUCCGACAAUGAAAAAGCUCGAGCAGGAUCAUCAUGCCUCGAUGAUCGGCCGAGGGAGACCACUGUCUAGUGCACGACUGAGAGUGUCCAUUCCUUCAGCCUUCUUGCUGAUCAGAUCAUUAUCUAAUCGGGAACACUGUCCCUCCGCAGAGAGCUUGAGGAAUCUCUGCAAUGUGGCAUUGAACCUGCCUGCCUUCCUUCUCGAUGUUCUGCAUAAAGCUCUCAGCCCAAAUUCUUCGACAUGUUAAGGCCAAAACCUCCAGCCGUCCUAGAUGAGUCCGAGCCACGCACGUGGGGACACACCAGGGGAACUGCUGUAGAAGCCUCCACAUAAGAUGAAUUUGACCCGCACUAGCGUCGAGAAAUGUCAAGAAAUCCUCGAAGACAAUUCCAAUGGCGGAAUGCCCGAGUUCAGCAGCCCUGCAGUCCAGGGACUGUGUGAGGAGAGGAAGCAAGGUGACGAGCGGCUGCACCGUGCCACAAGGCCAACGAUCCAUAGAUCCAAACAAUGGGCGAGCACGCGGAGGCAAUGAAUGCUAUAACCUUCGAUUUGAGGCCCCAGCUCAAGCAGUGAACUUGAAUAAUUCAAUCAAUUCACGAGGUGCAUUCGCACGUGUGCCCGCCCAGCUCUUUCGGAGACGCUUUACAGACUCGAGAGUUUCAGGCUGCAGAUGGUCCCAACGUGAUCCAUCGGAACAAGGUCAUCAACUCAUUCGGAUCCGAAGGCCCUCCCUAGCUCCUUCCGAUUUUACCCUGACGAAGUCAUGACAUUGGCAACGCCGCUGGCUGCUUCUGCUGCUGCUUGGACAAUUAACAAACGAGCUCAAGGAAUUUGGAAAAGCACUUUCUCUUUUCCCUUUUCCCUCGCAGAACGAGCAGAAGCGUCCAGUACACAGAAUCUUGUGGAAUUCUCUUUCAGGUGUGCACACACACUCAUCAAUGUUCAUGUGAAAGCUCCCAGAGUUCGAUGAUUCAUUCACAAAACGAACUAUUAUUACGAGUACAGCCAUGUCCUUGGAAGCUUGUAUAGGCACCGAGAAAUCAAUGAAGAAGACGAAGAAUAAGUGGUGGUAAAACUUUGAAAUCUCUGUAUUCUUGGAACGUCGACAUUUUAGUCCUUGAAGACACAUACGGCAGAUAAGUUGCAGGCCUGCGACCAUAGGUCACCUGAUCAUUCAUGCAUGUCA